AUUGUUUGCAAACGAGAAACGAAUGUUCCUAGUAAUUGGAGUUAACCGGCGACGUAGCAGCGAUGAAUUCAUAAAAGAUCAGAGAAGAAAUGUUAAAACAUAGAGAUAGGAUAUCGUGAAACGUAUCCCGUUCGCAAUCGAAAACAUACCGUUCCGCUUCCGUUUCCGUGGUGAAAUAGCAGCAGGAUCGCGCGCAGCUACGAAUCGAGCGAAGCACGUAUCAGCUCGGCCAGCGAAUCUGUGUCAGGCUGGGGGGCUGUAAAGUAGCGCGAGGCUCUGCCAAAUGCCAGUGCUCGACCGUCCUCUUUGGUAGGUGGUAAGAGCGGCGUGCGCGGUUUCGCACUGCCGCAGUACCGCCGCGAAUUAUUCUUACACGAUUACCGAUUACCAAUUUUAUCCACCUACCAUUUUUUUCUCUACAACCGAAUCUGGUACGGCCUACUUUUAGUAACACCGUCACCAAUUUACCGUGGGACCACUAAUGUUUGCGUACAACGGUGCUAAACGGACUUUUACAUAGAAAAUAAUCGAAGAACAUCGACAAUACCGAUUAACAAUGAUAGAGGAUAAUACAACGAUCACGCGAUACAACGAUAUUAAGCAGAAGUGAAGAAAGAUUGUAAAAAGAUGAUGAGAGCUAAAGCGACUUGUUCGAGCGAUACCGUACGACGCGCUUCGUACAGCCAAAUUUGAGACGCGUAUGGAUUACUUCGGAUACUCCAGUUGGAAGCAUCUCUAACAACGGCUGGUGAACGACCGCUUGUAAGUGUAAAAUACAUGGGACAUUGGAUGGAUGAACCGAGGUACGCGGUGAGGCAGGCGCAGCCACCGAACCACCGAUAGAGAAGAGGCGCGAACAUCGAAAUAAAGAGAAAAGGAAGCGCGGUAUUUUCGUCCUUCGAGCAAAAUAACACAACUCGACAAAAUGUUCAACCUGUAUCAGAACUUGAACAAAAGGGACGACGAUCACAAGGAAUCGGACGUCACAGGGCAUGACAGAUUUUGGCAGGAACGACCCAAGACCCGUCGAAAACGACGAGCCGUUAAUCGAAGGACUCAAAGUGCUAUCGAAUUAGAUUCCGAGGCGAUCGUCUCGGCACGAGGUGCUCUUCGCCGUGGAAGAAGCGCGAGCAUCGAAGAUGAAGACAGUGACGAAGAGAAGAGUUACCAGUUGACCAAUAAAAUCGACAAUCUAGCCAAAAUAUUGUUCAAUCGCGUGUCCGCUGCAAGGGGUUGCAAGGAAUCGGACGUCAGAAAUGGAAGACACAAUUAUACAGCGUUGGGUCACGGACCAUCGGUCUGCGAGGACGUUGGCGAAUACAUGGAAAUGGAGAAAAGAUCUAGGGAUCGUGCCUUAUCAGUUUGCCAGGCUUAUAUUCGAAGAACGCCACGCUAUAGUCUCGUCAAGCAGCUGAAUAAUCUCGGCUCUAGAAUGGACAAGCACUGGUUCACGGUGAGAGACACUUCUCUAAAGACCGAUCGACUAAUCACCUUAGCUCCGCUAAGCAGAAACUGCUCGUUGAGCAUUUCUCCUUUAACCAAGAACAUUCUAAACGACUUGUUCUUAGCCUUGCAACAUCCGUACAUAUGUCCUAUAUUCGAUAUCGAUUUUCUCGAGUUCGAGAGUCAAAAUUACGUGAUAGUAGUGCAGCCGAUCAGUCAGGGUAGCUUAAAAGAUUUGAUCUAUGGGAUCGAAAGAACCGGUUGGAACGAAGAUUGGAGUCAAAAGUACGCUUCUCGCGGCAAAGGACUUCCUUUACCUCAGGUUCAACAAAUGGGACGUCAAGUGCUGGAAGCGUUAAUCUUCUUGAAAGAAAGAGGAUUUCCAACCGUGACCCAUUUACAUUCCGGCAACGUGCUCGUACAAAACGGUGUCGCACGGCUUGCCGGCCUCGAGAAUACGCUUCUCGGCUUCACCAGUCGUAUACACCCUGUUAUUACCUCUCGAAUUUCUCAAACUAUCUCGAUCGACAUAAUAUGUUUCGGUCACAUGCUAUUUGAAAUGUGCGCUGGUUACGAGUUACCAUCGUUUAAACCGAAUUCCGUGCAUCUUUCGGAUCUUGAAAUGUAUCCACAAGUCAUCGAAUUACUGAAAUUCAUAUUCAGCGAACCAUCUAACCGUCAUAAAACCAUCGAAGAGCUUCUCGUUCACGAUUUAUUCCGAAACAUCGAUCUUCGCGAAAUGCGAAGUGCUCCAGUCACGAUAUUUCGUCCGACAUUAACACCGCCUAUCGUCAACUUACUCGACGGUAUUAAACGACAGAACGCUAACAAGAGAAUCACACGAUUGGAUAGCGGAGACAUCGAUGCGACGACUCUGCACAGACCGCAUACAGUUUGCAAGAAUUCGUUACUCGACGAAAUAUACAACGAGCUUUCAAACACGGCUGUAUAAUUGUGGGAACAAUUGUUCAUCUUGUCGCGAUUUUAUCUAUAGAAGAUCAAUACGUUUCUUUACCGAGUGCCAAACAAUUCCCUCGAUUCUUUAUUCUUAGCAGUUGUGUAUAUCUCUGAACGAAUUUAUUAAAAAAAAAAGAAAGUGACAAUAAAAAAAUGUUGAAAAAAACAAAAAACAGGAACACACACACGUACACACACGCAACGUCUUAUACAAAUCCAAAUAAUGUUAUUUAUUUAAAGUAUCAAAAGACAUCCAAGACAUCUACAUCAGCGAACGAGGUAACCGUUUCGCGCGAGUAGGAAAUUCCUUCUUUUCUUUUCUUUUCUUUUCCCGUCGAAUUUUCAUUUCGUUACUUAUCAACUUGGAAAUAAUUCAAUGGAAGCGAUAUAAAAGGAUAGAAAAGAACUCUGAUUAUGUACAUUUGACUGCACCAUUAGCUUUUCUCAGUUAAGAAGUACAGUUUCUAUUUUAUAGCAGAGUUAGCCAUCUGCCGUCACGCGUCAACUUCUGAGACUGAAACGAACGACGAAAUGUUCCUUCCACUAUACUACACGUUCUCUUAAACGACGAAAGCCUAGCUUGCACACGAGCGUACACCAUAGAAUUUCAUCGGUUAAUACGAAACAUGCAAGCGGAUGUGAUUCGUCUGAUUGUGCGUAAGUAAAGUAAAGUAAUAAUAGAACAAUGCUCGAUUCUCGUCGUCUGAAUAGAAAAGUAAUAUUUUGGUUUAAUAUUUGGACGAUCAAACAUUCAAUUAACUCUAAAUAAAAUAAAUCCAUCAUACGAUGAUGA